AUGUUAUGGUCAUAUCUAUCUAUCUAUCUAUCUAUCUAUCUAUCUAUCUAUCUAUCUAUCUAUCUAUCUAAGCCUGUUCGCAUCUAUCUAUCCAUUAUCUAUAUAUCUAUCAUACUGUUCAUUAUCUAUCUUAUGUCAAUAUCUCUAUCUAUCUGCUCAUUUUCUAUUUAUCUAUCUAUCUAUCUAUCUAUCUAUCUAUCUAUCUAUCUAUCUAUCUAUCUCAGUAUGAUCAUAUCUAUCUGCUCAUUUUCUAUCUAUCUAUCUAUCUAUCUAUCUAUCUAUUUCAGUCUGUUUGUAUCUAUAUAUAUAUGUUCAUUAUCUAUCUAUCGAUCUAUCUAUCUAUCUCAGUAUGAUCAUAUCUACCUGCUCAUUUUCUAUCUAUCUAUCUAUCUAUUUCAGUCUGUUUGUAUCUAUAUAUAUAUGUUCAUUAUCUAUCUAUCUAUCUAUCUCAGUAUGAUCAUAUCUAUCUAUAUGUUCAUUAUCUAUCUAUCUAUCUACUAUCUAUUUAUCUAUCUGUCAAACUGUUCUUUAUCUGUUUAUCUGCCUAUCUGUUUGGUUACUUUCUAUCUAUCUAUCUAUCUAUCUAUCUAUCUAUCUAUCUAUCUAUCUAUCUAUCUAUCUAUCACAGUGUGUUCAUAUCUAUCUAUCUAUCUAUCUAUCUAUCUAUCUAUCUAUCUAUCACUUUCAGUUUUUCCAUUCUAUCUAUCUAAUUAUCACAUUGUGUUCAUAUCUAUCUAUCUAUCUAUCUAUCUAUCUAUCUAUCUAUCUAUCUAUCUCAUAUAUUUAUUUGGACAUAAAUGUGUUUUCGCAGACAAUCGUUUAAUUUCAUCCCUUACUGCGUUCUCCACAGCUCUCACCCUUCUAACGAGCAGAAUCAGGCAACUGAAAAUGUUUGCGCUUCCUCUGAUGCCAGUUAAGACGGCUUUUGGGUGA